GGGGCGCCGGCCGCGGCGGCGGCGUGGUGGCGGUGGGUGCGCGCGCUGCUGGGGCUGUGCCGCGCGCUGCUGGUCUGGCUGCGCGCGGGGCCCGGCCGCCUCGGCGGGGCGGGCCCGGGGAGGGUCCGGGGCCCCCGCGCCCUGAGGCGGCUGUGGCGAGGCCCCCGUCGGCGCCGCCCCCCCUCGCCGCCGCCGCCGGCGCGGCCCCCGUCCCGCCUGCCCGUGCACGUGGGCCUGCUGGUGGCCGCCGACGAGGAGCCCGGCCUCCCGGACCUGGCUGGCCUCGUCGUCUGGUGCCUGGCCGUCGGCAUCUCCUACGUCAGCGUCUACGACCACCACGGUAUAUUCAAAAGAAAUAAUUCCAGACUGAUGGAUGAAAUUUUAAAACAGCAGCGAGAACUCCUGGAUCUGGAUUGUUCCAAGUAUUCGCAGGGGUUUGCAAACAGGAAUGAAAAAGAAAAGCAAGUUUUAAAUUGCCAAUCAGCAGUGAAGGUGCUGUCUCCAGAGGACGGAAAAGCAGAUAUUGUGAGAGCAGCGCGGGACUUCUGUCAGUUAGUAGCUCAACGGCAAAAGAAGUCCACAGACCUGGAUGUGAAUGUCUUAGAUAACCUACUUAGUUCUGAUGGUUUCCCCGACCCAGAUUUAGUAUUAAAGUUUGGUCCUGUGGACAGCACGUUAGGAUUCCUUCCCUGGCACAUCAGAUUGACAGAGAUUGUCUCUUUGCCUUCCCACCUCGACGUCAGCUACGAAGACUUUCUCUCAGCCCUCCACUGCUAUGCCGCGUGCGAGCAGCGCCUGGGAAAAUGAGCCCACCCCCGGCCCCCCAACCCCACUGAACAACUUGAAUCCAGACUCUUGGAAGAGAGGUCUCAACGUCGCUGUUGUUUACAGGCACUUGCGAUGGAAGCUGUCGUCCUCUCUCUCUCCGCCCUCCUCACCCCUCAUCCUUCCCGAUCCUCUCCUUAAUUUAUCCACAAACUCAAAUAAGUGUCUUGGAGGCAAGUGCAGGUCUGGGGAGGGAGGGCCCAGCAGGAGAUGUUUGUGCCUCUGUGCACCCAGGAGGCGUAGGACGAUAAAUCGAUUGGGAGAUUCGGAAGUUGGGGUGUGCGCGGACCUGCAAUUUUGAGCGGAGACACUGUUUAAGCGAAUGAAAUGUAGGCUUCUCUCGGCCUCAGCCCCUUCCCUGUUUUUGUGGGGAGGGCAGAAGGUGAUUGGGGUUAUUUGGGUGGGUUUUUUUUCGUUGUUGGGGGGAGGUGGGGGAGGGCAUUGCUUUCCUAGUGACCAAAACUUUUUAAGUUGCAAGAAUCAUGGAACAACUCUCGAGUUGGGAGUCUUCUCAGUUUGGAAAAUCUCCCAGGAAACGGUUUCUUUCAUGUGUCUCUUCCACUCCAAGCAAGCUCAUCUCCAGAGCCGAGAGGAAACUAGAGUCUCAGUUGUCCGUCCGUUUCUGUCCAUUGCAUCAUGAUCAAACAGCAUCACUUUGGUUUUGUUAGCCCAGGGGCGAGAGUCAAUUCAAAUAUAUUGCUACUUUGGUUUUUUUUUUUUUUUUUUUUACUUUUAAAUGUUAAAUUCAGAAGUCACCAAGUGGUCAGUUCUGGACUGAGAAGGUGGAAAUUUCCAGUUCGUGAAAAGGAAGGUUGUCCUGUUCCUUUAUUGCUUUUUUGAGCAGGGUGCUGAUUCUAGCCUGUGCAGUUAAUUCCAAAAAUCUGUUUCCCCCUUAGAAUCGGGUGUCUUUGUCACUUAGAAAUAACAAGUAGGUGUCUGUGUCCUCUUCCUGCUUUCAGAGUCUACCCUCCACCUCCAGAAAUAUUCCUCUGUACCAAUGAUGAAGUGGUGGCAUGUUUUGUUUUCUAUAAGUGGAACUUGAUUUUUAUAUUGCACUGGUUGGGGAGUUUUAAUUAGAAUCACUUUUCAAGGGGUUGAGACGUCGGUAGAUCAUGUAUGACCCAAGACUUGAAUGAAAUUAAGAUUUCACUAUAUGCUUCAUUUUUCAAGAAAAGAUGAAGAAGCACCGACUAUUUUAUUGUGAAAAUUAAGGACUAUCUAUUUUAUAGGUCUACAAUCAUUGCCUUCAGCACUCCCUUUCUCCCUGCUACUAUUUAAGAAGGUCUCUGACACUAUGUCACUGAUCAGAUGAGCUGUGGAUAUUUCAAACAGAGGCUCUGACAGUAAAUGUUCACUUCUUGUCUUACAAUUGUAUCUUUGGAACUGGGUCAUUAUUGGAAAUCCCUGUUUCAGAAGUCUGUGUAAUAGGCCUGCAGAGCGUUUGAGGCUUCUUGAGAAAUUGGCUUGGAAUUGCUCUUCAGGUUCUGAGGUUGGAGGCAGUGAAGUGGGAAUGCAGUCCAACACCAAGUAAUCAAACUCCUGAUUAUGAUUUUUGAAAUGCCCUUGAAAUAAAAACCUUUAAACUAAAA